UGUCACAAAUAAAGAUUGAACACGUCAAACGGUCAACAUUAUUAUUUUUUUGUUGAAGUUAUUGAUACGAAACUAUGUUUUGAAAAUGAAUUUGUUGAAAAAAAUUAGAUUUGGGAGUGCCUAGAAUCUUCUCAAGACUUUCUUAUGAAAUUUUCUGUGUUAGAAUCAAAUAGAUGUUUUAAAUGACUGUUAAAAUGAAGGCCUUAGUUGCAGCUGCUAUCAGUCUUGCACUAACAACUAUAGUUAUCGGCAAUGCAUACUAUCAGAAGAAACAGUUUUACCCUUCCGUUGUUUAUCUCACUAACUCAAAUCCUAGUAUGGCUGUCAUGUAUUUACAAGGGUUAAUUCUUGUUCUUCUUGUUGGGAAAAUUAUUCGGAAAAUUUUCUUUGGACAGCUGCGUCCUGCUGAACUUGAGCAUUUAAUGGAAAGGUCCUGGUAUGCAAUCACAGAAACUUGUUUAGCUUUCACUGUGUUCAGGGACGAUUUUAACCCUAAGUUUAUAGCACUGUUUACUGUUUUAUUAUUCUUGAAAGCAUUCCAUUGGUUGGCUGAAGAUCGAGUUGAUUAUAUGGAAAGGAGUCCUGUCAUAGGUUGGUUGUUUCAUGUGCGGAUUUUGACAUUGCUCAUGCUGUUGGCCCAAGCAGAUUUCUUUUUCAUCCAUCACGCUUACCAGUUCACACUUCUUAAAGGACCAUCAGUUCAACUUGUAUUUGGAUUUGAAUACAGCAUAUUACUGGUGAUGAUAGUUAACAUUUUGAUAAAGUAUAUUUUGCACGCAAUCGACUCGCGUUGGGAAGCUCCAUGGGAAAGUAAGGCCGCGGUGCUGCUUUACACUGAAUUAGCGAUUAACUUCUUCAAGGUCCUACUGUACAUCGGCUUCGUAGUGAUCAUGGUUAGGAUAUUCACUCUGCCGCUCUUCGCCUUCCGACCCAUGUACGAGACGAUGAGGAGUUUCAAGCGAGCGUACAGCGACGUGGUGCUAUCGCGUCGUGCCAUACGAAACAUGAACACCCUGUACCCUGACGCCACGGCCGAGGAGCUCGCGGCCGCGGACAACGAGUGCAUCAUCUGCCGCGAGGAGAUGCACGGAGGUGCCAAGAAGCUGCCGUGCAACCACAUCUUCCACGCGGCCUGCCUCCGCCUGUGGUUCCAGCGGCAGCAGACGUGCCCCACCUGCCGCCUCAACGUGCUGCGAGCCCCCGCGCCCGACGCCGCGCCUCACGCCCCGCACGCCGCCCCCGCCCCCCACGCCCCGAACGCACCCCGCGCGCCCCCGCCGCCCUUCCCCAACGUUCCGCCGCCGCGUGAGUACGACGCCUUCGAACGUAACGUUAUCGAUGUGCGGGUCCAAAGACUGACGACGAAACCCUUCGCAGCCAUGAUGGCCUGGGGCGUGCCCCCCGCCCCGCCGCCCCGGCCCGCCUCGCUGGCCACGCUCUCCGCCGAGGAGCUGCGGAGGAUGGAGGGCACCGAGAGGAGGAACGUCGAGGCCCGGCUGCACUUGCUGCACGAGAUCCAGGCGAUGCUGGACGCGUCGGUGCUGCUGAUGCAGCAGUACUCGUCGGUGGUGGCCAACCUGCCGCUCGACCGCAACGACGUCGCCACGCAGACGGACGCCAAUCGCCCCGAGCCGUCCCCGGCGCCGAGUCCGGCCGGAGCGAGGGCGCAGGCCGACGCCGUCCCCGGCACCUCUUUCGAGGCGACUCCGGGGCCCUCCGGCUCCUCCGACGGCUUCGAAGACUUUGCUUUUGACGAUGCGGACAAAUUGACGAGCGACACUCUCAGCGAGAGCUCGGCCGCCGACGCCGAAGAGCUGAGAAGACGUCGGCUGCAGAAGUUCACGUCAGAGAAUUGAAUAUUCUUAAUACAUCUUUGUAUCUAUUCUUACUUUUAUUGUACAAAGUGUUUUGGUAUGUGUCGACUUGUGUAUUCUAAUCGAUAACUAAUGUGUUUAUGUUCUUGUAAAUAUAAUGAGAUAUAUUAUACAUGAAUACAUUUAAA